AUGACUGUAGAAACAAUUUUCCCGGUAUCCACUGACGGGAAGUGGGACGAUCUAUGUGUCGAUAUCGUUGCCGUCCAUGGGUUAGAUGAAAAUGGAACGACGGCUUGGAUUCAUCCCAGCAAUGGGUGUUUUUGGUUGCGCGACCUGCUCCCUAGCGAAGGGUUCAAGGCUCGUAUCUUCACUGUAAAUUACAAAGCCGAUGCUACCUCGUUCUUCAGUAGCAGUUCGGCCGAUCGGAUAUCGCAUCAUGCUCAAACUCUUGUGGAAGAGCUCAACGCCGAAAGAGAGCAUGAUGAUUCCAUACAGCGACCGAUAAUUUUCCUGUGCCAUGGUCUUGGUGGCUUGAUUGUCAAGAAAGCCCUUAUCUACGCCUCUACUUGCACUUCUGCGAAGAUGACGCACCUGCAUUCUGUUUUUACUUCUACUUUUGGCUUGAUAUUCUUUGGCACUCCUCAUGAAGGUAUAGAGAAGGCCAGGUGGUCUCUUCUAGCAAAGGGGUUGAAGGGUAUUCUCAAGGAUCGAAGCCAUCUCAUCGCAUCUAUGGAGAAGAGAUCGGAAACUCUCCAGACCAUCUCCCAGCAAUUCUCUCCUCUUCUGAAGAAUUUCUACAUUCACAACUUCUGGGAAACAGUUCAGACAUCGCGCUCCAUUGGCUCAGGCUACAUUGUCAGUCACUCUUCAGCAGCUCCGCCAUGGGAUGAUACCGGGCGCUCGGGACUUCUGGCAACCCAUUCACAGAUGUGCAAAUUUGGUGACCGUGAGCAGCCUGGCUAUAAGUCAACAUGCGGGAUCCUCAAGAGGUUUAUUAAACUAGCGGGCCCAUUAAUAGCUUCGCGACACCGGGAAUCUCAUUCCUUUCUUGCUGCGCGAAGGGGACACGAAGCCACGGAGAUUCUGGCAUUCGACAUUCAUCACGACAACGAACCUAUCAGUUUCAAACUCAAGCCCGCCGCAGACUCUCAAAAUCAAUAUUUCCUGGUUCCGCUCGCCGUAAGCGACAAUUACACAGGAAGAGAGAGGCUUGCUCAAGGGCUCCAAGAAAAGCUACUGGCGCCUAGUAUACGCCAAAAGCGCUUUGUGUUGUACGGUAUGGGGGGGUCUGGAAAGACUCAGUUCUGCUUGAAAUUCGCAUCAGAUAAUCGAGACAAUUUCUGGGGGGUCUUUUGGGUUGAUGCAAGUAGCCCAAAGGCUGCUGAGCAGGCCUUUUCAGGUCUUGCCCGUAUUGGUAAAGUGGAGGAAAAGCUGGAGUCUGGCCUGUACUGGUUGUCAACGCAGGACAUGCCUUGGCUAUUGGUCAUUGACAAUGCAGAUGAUGCAAACUUUGACUACGCCAAAUACUUUCCUUUGGGUGCUAAGGGGCAUAUUCUAGUAACUUCCCGAAAUCCCGACUGCAGAGUUCAUGCAACUAUUGGGUUUGAGGAGUUUGCAAACCUCGAGGAGGAAGAUUCGAUAACUCUACUUCUGAGGUCCGCCAUCGUGAGCGACCUUCAUGAUUUGAACGCAAGAGCCACCGCUCGUCCCAUUGUGCAAGCCUUGGGUUGUCUACCACUCGCUUUGAUACAGGCGGGUGCCUCCAUUCGCCAGAAUAUAUGUUCCUUGGAGGACUACUUGAAUGUUUUCAAUUCCUAUAAGAGAAAGCUUUUCCUCAAUGGGAUCCAACAAGGUCAAGGCUCAUAUGCACAUAACGUUUUCACAACAUUCGAAGUCUCCUACAACAAGAUACGAAGCCUCACAACAGAUGAGGCGAGGGAGGCCAUUGAGAUACUCCACGUCAUGGCAUUUCUCCACUUUGAUCAAAUACCUGGCACGCUUUUUGAGAAGGCCUGGGAAGGUUUUUUUAACCACGGAAAGCUCGAUACUCUCAGCCGCCUCGCUGACAGGAUCACACAAAUUCCGGGAGAUUUAGUUACGCUGUCAAGUGGAUAUGGAGGUUGGUUUACGAUGUUUGCCGAGGGACGGCUGCCUCGUAUUUUCUCCCAGACUGAAAACUCCUGGGACAAACUCCGCUUCCGUAAGGCAAUUCACCUACUUUGGUCGUAUUCCUUGAUUUUGCAGAAUGUAAAUCUCGGAAGCUAUUCAAUGCAUCCCAUGGUUCAAUUCUGGGCGCGAGAACGACUGCAAGGAAAGGCCCAAAAGAUUUGGGGCAACAUUGCAUCUCGGGUAUUGGCUGAGUCGAUUACUACAAUAUCAGAAGACUCAGAACUCGUAUACCGACGGUGUCUAGUGCCACAUAUAGAUUCUUGUUUGAGGGUUGACUAUGGCGAUUCCCGCAAAGGUCUAGAGUUCGACAAUUCAAAUAUGGGUCAAUUCGAGCGAUUUGCCACUGUCUACGCGGAAGGAGGUCGAUGGAACGAUGCCGCCGCCAUACAAGAAAGAAUUCUCAACACAAAGGGCGAUUUACUUGGAAAAGACAGCUUUGAGGCUCUAGAUGCCAUGGCGGUGCUUGCCCGGAGCUACUGGAAUUCAAGUCAAGCAGGAAAAGCUUUAAGGCUUCAAACUUCAAUUCGGGAUCUCAGCCAGGGAAAAUUGGGCCCCUUUGACCCAAGGACGCUUCAAGCUAUGGACAGCUUGAGUCGUACACUUUGGUUGUGCGGUUCUAUCUCGAAAGCCGACAAACUGGCGCAACAAUCAUACGAGGGAUUGGCGCAAAUAUUGGGGCUGGACCAUCCCUACACACUUAGUGCUAUGCAUAGCUUUGGUCGAACCCGUUUGCAUCUGGUGGACCUGAAGAAAGCACAGGAACUACUUCUGCGGGCAUGGGAAGGGAGAGCGAAGCUGUUUGGCGCGACCCAUCUGGACACCCUCGAGACAAUGCAGGACCUUGGGAUGACUUGCUUGGCACUCAAGGAGAUUGAGGAGGCUGAAAAGCUAGUAUCAUUUGUUCUUGAUUGUAGGAAACGACUCCUCGGUAAUGAACAUGCUCAUACUCUAUGGUCCAUCAACGAUCUAGCCAAGGUAUAUUGCGCCCAAGGCUACCCGGAGGAUGCAAUAGUGCUAUUGAUCCCGACGCGAGAAAUCGCCACGCGAACCCUGGGAGUAACUCACAUUGGCACAACAAUGACAAUUUUUAAUUUGUCACGAGCCUAUCUACUUUCAACCCAAUUUCACAAAGCGGAAAUUAUUCUAGCUGACCUCAUUGAAACGGAGUCCAAAGCUUUAGGUCCAAAGCAUCCAGACGUCUUCUCGGCAAAGAUGGAACUUGCAGAGGUUUUGAUGAAAAUGGGAAAGGUGCACAAAUCAGAAGAGCAAUCCCAAGAGGCAAUCGAAGGGAUUUCCAUACUAUUUGGGCCUGAAAGCCCUCGCACAAUUCAUGCAAAGGCACGACAGGCUGCAAUAUGCAAAUUGGGCGAUAAGCCUCAUCCUGCUAUGAUCUCUUCAUUCAAAACCACCGAAGUCUAG